AUGGAUGUAUCCAAUACGAUGCUGCUUGUAGCGAUCGUUGCAGCCUACUGGCUAUGGUUUAAGCGGAUCUCACGGUGGCUAAAGGGUCCACGUGUCUGGCCGGUAUUGGGCAGUCUUCCGGGUCUGAUCGAGCAGCGUGACCGUAUGCACGACUGGAUCACUGAGAAUCUCCGUGCGUGUGGCGGCACGUAUCAGACAUGUAUCUGCGCCGUGCCUUUCUUGGCGAAGAAGCAAGGUCUCGUGACGGUCACGUGUGACCCCAAGAACAUUGAGCACAUGCUCAAGACCCGCUUCGAUAACUACCCUAAAGGUCCUACGUGGCAAGCCGUUUUCCAUGAUUUCCUCGGCCAAGGCAUCUUCAACUCCGACGGUGACACCUGGCUCUUCCAGCGUAAAACCGCCGCUCUUGAAUUCACCACCAGGACGUUGAGGCAAGCCAUGGGUCGGUGGGUAAACCGGGGAAUUAAGCUCCGGUUCUGUCCGAUUCUUGAAACGGCUCAGGCCAAAGGCGAGCCGGUCGAUCUACAAGACUUAGUACUACGGCUCACAUUCGACAACAUUUGCGGUUUAGCGUUCGGUAAGGACACUCGAACCUGUUCGCCGGGACUUCCCGAGAACGGAUUUGCGUCGGCUUUCGACAGAGCCACCGAAGCAUCUCUCCAGCGGUUCAUUCUACCGGAGUUUCUGUGGAGGCUCAAGAAAUGGCUUGGGCUCGGCUUAGAAGUCAGCUUGAGCCGGAGCUUGGGAGAGAUCGAUGGGUAUCUGGAUGCUGUCAUCAAUACACGUAAGCAAGAGCUGCUGAGUCAGCAAGAAAGUGGGGUCCAGGGACACGACGAUCUCCUCUCCCGUUUUAUGAGGAAGAAAGAUCAGUCAUACAGCGAGAAGUUCCUGCGACACGUGGCGCUUAAUUUCAUACUAGCUGGACGUGACACGUCAUCAGUAGCGCUGAGCUGGUUUUUCUGGCUGGUCACGACGCAUCCAACGGUCGAGGAUAAGAUCGUCCGCGAGAUAUGCUCCGUUCUGAUGGAGACACGUGGAACAGACGUCUCGUCGUGGACGGAGGAGCCGUUAGGAUUCGAUGAGGUCGAUCGGUUGGUUUACCUGAAGGCGGCGCUCUCCGAGACGCUCAGGCUUUACCCAUCGGUGCCGGAGGACUCGAAGCACGUCGUGAACGACGAUAUUCUUCCGGACGGAACCUUCGUGCCGGCGGGAUCGUCGGUGACCUAUUCAAUCUAUGCGGCGGGGAGGAUGAAGACGACGUGGGGAGAAGAUUGCUUGGAAUUCAAGCCGGAGAGGUGGAUCUCGCCGGACGAUGGGAAAUUCGUGAACCACGAUCAGUACCGAUUCGUGGCUUUCAACGCCGGACCAAGGAUAUGUCUGGGGAAAGAUCUAGCGUAUCUCCAGAUGAAAACGAUAGCGGCGGCGGUUUUACUCCGGCACAGACUGACGGUGGCGCCGGGACACAAGGUGGAGCAGAAGAUGUCGCUGACUUUGUUCAUGAAGAAUGGACUUGUUGUUAACGUGCACAAGAGGGAUUUGGAAGGGAUCAUGAAGAGUCUCACAACGAAGGAGAGAAACGACGUCGUCGCUACUCUUAACGGAAAAUGCAACGGCGUAAUCGGUGAAGGCGUCUCCUUUAAUGCGGCCGUGGCGGUUGCGGUGUAG